UCCGUUUACAAGAGAGAUGUCCGCACUCGAAUCCUUCUAUUUCUUGGGUUCUUUGUCGGACCCCAACACCGUUUCUCCAAGAUCCACUCUGACCUUGAAUGAACACCAUUUCCAACGAUUGCGACGCCUCGCGCCUCCAUCGAAUAGUUGAUCCUUGUCAGGCCUGUGAGCCGCCGGCGCCUCUGCCUGAUCCUGCUCAGCUCCCGCCGGCCGCCGCUUCGGCGGAGGCCUCACGCCCCUCACCGCGUCCGCGCAGCCGUGCUUGCCCUGAUCCAACCCCCGCCUGGCUCCCUCGACCUACGGCGUCAUCAUCGACGCCGGCAGCACGGGGAGGCAUUCUCUGCCUGAUGCCCGGAUGAUAGUUUGACCAUGCUCGCAAUCCGUUCGACGAAAUGCCCUGUGGCAUUUGUGGGCGUAGCCGGCGCCCUGGUGGUGCUUGUCACCGCUGUUCAUGUGUUCAUGGUGCCAAUCCUUCCUGCCUCCUUGGAUUACUUCGGUGCUCGCAGCAGUAUAAGCCGCCCAAAUAAUGUUCUUCCGGCCGUCGGGGUGGUGGACUCUCGUCUCAGGGGGCGCUUCCCUUCUGAUUCAUAUGGCGCCGUGGCAUUUCGUGGCGCGCCAUGGAAGGCUGAGAUUGGUAGAUGGCUUGCUGGGUGUCAUGCCAACUCUUCGUCUGUUGAUGUUACUGAGGCUAUAGGUGCAAAGCGCUGUGAGAAAGACUGCAGUGGUCGUGGUGUUUGCAACUAUAAUCUGGGAGAGUGCAGAUGCUUUCAUGGAUAUUCCGGGAAAGGAUGUGAGGAGGUUCUGAAAUUGGAAUGCAACCUCCCAAGUUCCCCGGAAUGGCCUGUAGGUCUAUGGAUAGUUUCCACCUGUGCAGCUCACUGUGAUAAAACAAGGGCAAUGUGCUUUUGUGGGCCUGGAACAAAGUACCCAGAUCGUCCUGUGGCAGAAGCUUGUGGUUUUAAAACAAUUUUACCUGCAAAACCUGAUGAUCCAAAGCUUACCGAUUGGAAAACACCUGACCUGGAAAACAUAUUCACAACAAACAGCAGUGAGUUAGGAUGGUGUAAUGUGGUACCUGAGGAUGCGUAUUCAUCCAAAGUGAAGUUUAAAGAAGAAUGUGAUUGCAAAUAUGAUGGUCUCUGGGGGCAGUUCUGUGAGACACGUGUUGAAUGCAGCUGCAUCAACCAGUGCUCUGGACAUGGACAUUGCCAUGGUGGUUUCUGUCAGUGUGACAGUGGAUAUUUUGGGAUUGAUUGCAGUAUCCCAUCAGCAUAUUCGCUUACACAUGAUUGGCCCUCGUGGCUCCAGACACCAGUGAAUUCACCAGAUCUGAAAAUUUUAAACAGUACCACCAUUGAUGUUAAGGCCGUUGUUCAGAAAAAAAGACCACUCAUAUAUGUUUAUGAUUUGCCAGCUGAGUUUGACAGUCAUCUUCUUGAAGGACGACAUUACAGAUUCCAGUGUGUAAACAGAAUAUAUGAUGACAAGAACAGAACUGUAUGGACCCAGCAAUUGUAUGGUGCUCAGAUAGCACUCUACGAGAGCAUUCUUGCUAGCCCUCACCGCACUCUUAAUGGGGAUGAAGCUGAUUAUUUCUAUGUGCCAGUGCUUGACUCAUGUCUAAUAACUAGAUCUGAUGAUGCUCCACAUCUGCUAUUGCCGAGGGACCUGCGCCGAAGGAGCUACCAUGCACUUGAGUACUAUAGAAUGGCGUAUGAUCACAUAGCUCAGCAGUAUCCUUACUGGAAUCGCACUUCGGGAAGAGACCAUAUCUGGUUCUUUUCAUGGGAUGAAGGUGCCUGCUAUGCUCCAAAAGAGAUCUGGAACAGCAUGAUGCUUGUCCACUGGGGAAACACUAAUACAAAACAUAAGAAUUCAACGACUGCUUAUUGGGCAGACAACUGGGAUGAUAUUCCUUUGGAUAAGAGAGGCAACCAUCCAUGUUUUGAUCCAAGAAAGGAUCUAGUGCUUCCGGCGUGGAAGGAACCAAACCCUGGGGCAAUAUGGUUAAAACUGUGGGCAAGGCCUAGGAAGAACCGUACAACACUCUUUUAUUUCAACGGUAAUCUAGGUUCAGCAUACGAAGGAGGCCGCCCAGAAGACACGUAUAGCAUGGGGAUUCGGCAAAAGCUAGCAGCUGAAUUUGGUUCUACACCAAACAAGCAGGGAAGCCUUGGACGACAGCAUGCAGCCGAUGUGACAGUUACCUAUUUACGAACUGAGAAAUAUUAUGAAGAACUAGCAAGCUCUGUUUUUUGUGGUGUCCUGCCAGGGGAUGGCUGGAGUGGGCGUAUGGAAGACAGCAUGCUUCAAGGAUGCAUUCCUGUAAUAAUUCAGGAUGGAAUUUUUCUACCAUAUGAGAAUGCACUCAACUAUAAUAGUUUUGCAGUGCGCAUACAAGAAGAUGACAUCCCAGGCCUCAUAAGUACACUUCGAGGAAUAAACAAUACACAAGUGGAGUUUAUGCUGGGAAAUGUCCGCCAGAUAUGGCAGAGGUUUUUCUAUCGAGACUCUAUAUUGUUAGAGGCGCAGAGACAGAAAGGACUGUUCUCUGAAGAGGCACCCUGGUCUGUUGAGGUCUCAAAACUACCUCACGAUGACGAUGCCUUUGCGACAUUUAUACAGGUAUUGCAUUAUAAGCUGUACAAUGACCCUUGGCGUCAAGGUCUCCUGCAAACAAAGGAAACUCGGCUGCCGAACAUCUGCUCAAGAACAUCCUGAAGUGUUUAGUCAGGCAGAAUUACAACUGUAAAGAAUAGGCAUACAUACUCCUGCUCCCUCUCAAGAAAAAGGAUAGAUCUGACAUACUCUUAGGAAGGAAUUUACAGAUAUAUCUUACAUUCUGGGUAAUGUUCUUUUGACUGAUACUCAAUUUAGAUCAUUUCCUGAAAAAAGAAAAGGGAAAUGCACCAUUUUCAUCUACCAAAAACAUCGAUAGCAUGGAUCGUAAUGUCAAGCUACGUUGGCUUUCACUGAGAAAGAAUCAGAUUUUGUUGUUCAGUGUUA